AUGCGGGCAGCCUUAUCAGGCAUCUCGAACUGCUCAUCCGGCGGCGGCGAUGGGAACCCAGUGUCAUCCAUAUCUACAGGUGGGCGCCGCGACGUGUGCCUUGGGGCAUGCUCGCCAUGUCUCCUGCUAGAUUUCGUUCUGGUAGGCGGAGGUGGUGCGCCAAAAAUAAAAUUCGAGAAUGCCCCAGCCCGAUUGAGUGCGGGUUCUCGUUGCCUGUCGUUCUCGGGUUCUAGCGAUCUCUCUGGCUCGUCCUCCGCACCCCACAUAUCCCAAGACGUGCUACCAGGCGCACGUUCAACACGCGGGCGCUCCUUUCUUGCCGCUCGCUCCGGCGCAACGGGUUCAGGUGGCGGUGUCGGAGGACCUCCAGCAGCUUCCUCUGGAGCAUCGGCCACUGGGGCUUCUGCAGGAGGAGCUGGUGGUGGUUCUGGAACUGGCACUGACCUUCUACUUUUCCUGAUUUUCUUCAUGGGCUUUUCAGGCUCUGGGGCAGGCGGCUCAGCGGGCUCAAACGCUGGCUCGGGCUCGGGCUCCGGCACAUUGACAGGAGCAGGUUCGGGCUCAGGUUCGGGUUCGUGUUCAGGUUCAGGAUCAAGCGCUCGCACCGGUUCUGGCUCUGGCUCUGGUUCAGGCACAGGUUGGGGCUCAACCGCCUUAGCCUUCUUUUUCUUCUUUUCGACUUUGGGUGGGGGGACCGGCUCUGGCUCUGGUUCAGGUUCAGGUGCGGGUUGCGGCUCGACGGCCUUAGCCUUCUUUUUCUUCUUUUCUGCUUUGGGAAGAAGUACGGGCUCUGGUUCGGGAACUGGUUCCGGCUCAGGUUCAGCAACAGGCACAACCUCUUCUGGUGGCGCAGGCUCCGGCACAGGCUCUGGCUCUGCUGGCAGUUCGGUCUUCGAUUUCUUCUUGUCUUUCUUUUUGGCCUUCUUGGACAAUACUACCGGCUCAGGCUCGACUUCUGGCUGCUUUUCUGGUUCAGGCUGUACUUCCGGCUCGGGCUCUGCUGGCGGUUCUGGGGCAGGGGGUGGGAGGUCAUCGAAAUCGUCGUCAAAAGCGUCUGGAAAGCUUCCUGGUACGGUGUCUCGUAAGAUCCUUCUUUCUAUAACUGGUUCAGGUUCUGGCUCCGGCUCCGGCUCCGGUUCCUGCGGAGGUUCUGGAGGGUCUUCUACCGGCGGCGGCACCUCCUUCGCUUUUGAUUUUUCUGUCGACUUUCCCUUGGACUUUUCUUUCUUUUUCUCUUCAAGGGCCUUAAUGCGCUCCGCGACAGAGUUCUUGGUUGAUGACUUGGUCUUUGACGUGACAACAGGUUCGACUUCUGCGACUGGCGCGUCAGCCGCGUCAGCCGCACCAGCCUCUCUCGGCGCAUCCCCUACGUCAAUAAGCAGAUCAUCCUGUUCGGGCUGGGGCUCCGGCUCUUUUAUUGGCUUUUCUGCCGACUUCUUUUUAGUGGCUUUAGGCAUCCCCAUCGCUGCUGCUCCGAAGCUUGCCCAGAACCCUCUGGCUGGCUUUGACGGCGUUUCCUCCGCAACGAGGCCCUUCUUUUUAGAAGGCAUUGUGCUAAAUUCAUCCCAAAGAGGCUCCUCUGGUAUACUCUCAAAAGCGUCAGGUUCCAGCGAUAAUCCCAGAGAAGGUGGAGUAGGCGCCGGCGGUGGAGGAGCCCAGAUGCCCCAGCUAUCAUCAAUUGGUUCUUCGGUAACUGGUUCAGGGAUAACCUCUGGUUCUGGGGUGGGCUCCCGAACUGGUUCUGGCUCUGGUUCUUGUACAGGCUCCUCUGCUACAGGCACCACUUGUGGUGGCCACUCAAAGUCUUUACCAGGAAUAGGCAAACCCUUCUUUAUUAACGAUUUUUCUCGCUUCUUUCGAUCCUUAGAGGAGAGCGGAUCAUCUGGCAGUGAGGGAGUUUUGGAUUCCGGCUCUUGUUCUGGCUCUGGCUCUUCAGGGACAGGUUCAAAGACGGGCUCCGGUUCUGGUUCAGCUUCCGGUACUGGCUCUGGUGCAGGAUCUGGUACGGGCUCCUCCGCCAAUGGCUCCGGUGGCGGAGGUGGUGGCCAGUCAAAAUCCUUACCUGGAAUCGGCAGACCCUUCUUCAUCAAUGAUUUCUCGCGCUUCUUCCGGUCCUUGGAUGAGAGGUCAUCCCACGGGUCAUCAGGCAAUAAUGGAGCCUUAGGUUCCGAUUCCGGUUGCUGUUCGGGUUCAGGCUCAGGCUCAAGUUCAAGUGCCGCCUCGGGCUCUGGCACUGGCUCUUGUAUAGACUCUUCUGCCACUGGCUCUGGAGGUGGAGGUGGUGGCCAGUCAAAAUCCUUACCUGGAACUGGCAGACCCUUCUUGAUGAGUGAUUUCUCACGCUUUUUCUUCGGGUCAUCGGGCAGUGACGGGGCCUUGGGUUCCGAUUCCAAUUCCAGUUGCGGCUCGGGCUCGGGCUCGGGCUCGGGCUCAGGUUCAAGUGCCGGCUCCGGUUCUGGCGCUGGUUCUUCUGUCACUGCCUCUGGCGGUGGAGCUGGUGGCCAGUCAAAAUCCUUACCAGGAAUUGGCAAACCCUUCUUGAGCGGGUCAUCUGGCAGUGAUAAAGCCUUUGAUUCGGGUUCGGGCUCGGGCUCGGGCUCGGGCUCAGGCUCAGGUUCGGGUUCAAGUACCGGCUCUGGUUCUGGCUCUGGCUCUGGCUCUUCUACCACUGGUUCUGGUGGUGGAGGUGGUGGCCAGGCAAAAUCCUUGCCAGGGAUUGGUAGACCCUUCUUUGUCAGUGAUUUCUCGCGCUUCUUCCGGUCCUUAGAUGAAAGAUCGUCCCAAGGAUCAUCUGGUAGUUUUGCUUCAGGCACAGGUUGUGGUUCUGGCUCGCCUGCAGGUUCGGGUUCAGGUUCGGGUUCGGGUUCAAGUACCGGUUCUGGUUCUGGUGCUUGCUCUGGCUCUGGCGCUGGUUCCACCACUGGUUCCGGUACAUCUUCUACUAUUGGCUCUGCUGCUGGUUCCUCUAAUACAGGCUCUGGUGGCGGUGGCGGUGGCCAUGGGAAAUCCUUGCCAGGAACUGGGAGACCUUUCUUAAUCAAUGACUUCUCACGCUUUUUUAUAGGAUCAUCUGGCAGUUUAGCUUCGGACGCAGGUUGUGGUUCUGGCUCCGCUACUGGCUCCAGUUCUGGCGUUGGCUCUGGUUCGGGUGCAGCCGCAGGUUCCGGUUCUGGUUCAGCAACUGGUUCUGGUUCUGGCGCUGGCUCUUCCGCUGCAGGUGCAGGGGCAGGGGCAGGUGGUGGCCACUCGAAAUCUUUCCCGGGAAUUGGGAGGCCUUUUUUCAUCAAGGAUUUCUCGCGUUUCUUUUUGUCUUUUGAUGAAAGAUUGUCCCAUGGAUCAUCUGGCAGUUUAGCUUCAGGUGCUGGUUCUGACUCUGGCUCUGCUGCGGGCUCUGGCUCCAAGGCUGGCUCCGGUUCAGGUUCAGCUGCGGGCUCUGGCUCAGGUUCAGGCGUUGGUUCAUGCUCAGUUUCCGGUUGGAGUUCCGAUUCGGGCUCUUUCGUCGGCUCUUCGACAGGAGCAGCUGGCGCUUUUGGGGGCCAUUCAAAGUCCUUACCAGGUAUGGGGAGACCUUUCUUGACAAGAGAUUUCUCUCGUUUCUUUCGGUCUUUAGAUGAUAGCGUGUCCCAAUUAUUUGGAUCAUCAGGCAACUUAGGCUCUGGCUCUGGCUCUGGCUCAGCAGGUGCUGGGGGUUCCGGUUCGGGCUCAGGUUCAAGCACUGGCUCGGGCUCUGCCGCACCUUUACCCUUCUUCUUUUUCUUCUCUUUUGUCGGGACAUUCCAGCCUGUCCAGUCAUCCUCCUCCUUUUUUUCCUCAGGGACAGGCUCCGGCGCUGGAUCUGCGACUACUGGAGGAUUUUCCACUACUGGUUCCAGCUCCUCGAGGAUAGCACCGUCCUUCUUUUUCUUGUCUUUCUUCUUAGUUGAGACGCCCCAGCCCCAAUCAUCGUCAUCAGCCAUCUCCGGCUCUGGAGGAGGAGGGGCUCCGAAACCAAAGCCAAAUCCGACUGAAGCAUUCAAUGGAUCCGCUGAGCCAAAUGACCACGGAGUCGAGACCCCAUUUACUCCCCGUAUUCCAACUCUUAUCCCAACCGCCAAAUUCCAGGCCUCCGCCAGUAGAUUUGCCUCCAAGGGGGUCUAG